GCACUUCCCACAAAGCCACCCUGCAACGGUCCGAUAGAAGCGGGCAAAACACCGCUUCCGUAGAAAAGCUGGGCUAGUUGGGCAUCAGCGCAGCCCUCUCGCGCGUGCUAGGGUUUCCCCGGUCCAUGUCGCCUCGAACUGCUCCUGUCUCGCCUCCCAGGCGGAGCUAGGAUUCUUCUCGACGACGACGAUGAGACUCCAAGUUCUUCUCGACGAUUCGUAAACUGGUUGGACGAACCACCAGCGACGACUCACGACACGCAAACUGGUUUGUUUUCACGCGAGCCACGUGAUCCUUUGGAGCUGGUCUCCCUGCAGUUGGGGUCAGUUUGACGGUUAAAAGCAGAACAGCCAGCCCCGGUUGCGUCGCGUAUGCAUUGAGCAUUGUGGUCGCUCCUGCGCUGUGUGUUUCUGGAUAAUAAAAGCCCCGCCAGCCCCCGCAGCGGAGAACCGCGCAAGUGGGUCAACUCGCAACUGAAGACCAAAGGCGAGCCGGCUGCCCGGAUUCCGGAAGCGCCCAAGCCCCCCAACGCGACCGUCGCUGUCGCCACCGCGCUCGGCUCGCCCGCGUCCACAGAAGCCGCCAGGGCCAUACGCCGAUGAAUCCUGCCGCGACGGCGGAUCCCAGCAGCUCCAGCACCUCGGCGGCCACGCUGCGGAAGCGGAUGAUCUCUAUAGACACGGCUCGACGAGGAGCCGACGGCGCGUCGCCUGAGACCGCGCCCAGGCCAGAUCGGGCGGGUAGUGAUAAGGCGCCGCAGGAGCGGGAGGAGGAGGGCUCGAUGGCGGCCUCCGCGCCUGCGGCGGCAGCAGCGAGGGAGAGUGACCUGGAGGCGGUGGGCGAGCCGAUGAGCCCCGCGGGGCGGCUGUUCCGCGAGACGCACUUCAACUGCUACAUCGUGGCCGUGAUCGGGCUGGGCGCGGCGGUGGACGUCGCGGCGGCGCGCGCGGGGCUGGAAGUCACGCUCGUCCGCCACCCACGCUUCUCCAGCGUCCAGGUGAAUGAUGGUGAUGCGAGAAAGAACGCCAAGCCGCGGUGGGUGCGGACCACGGUGAACCUGGACGAUCACAUCAUCGUCCCCUGCCUGGAACCCGCCGCCACGUCGACCAAGCCGGACCAGGCCGUGGAGGACUACCUGUCCUGGCUGUCCACGGCGCCCAUGGACCACUCCCGCCCGCUCUGGGAGUUCCACGUCCUGGACUUCCCGACGUCCGAGGCCACCGCCACCGUCGCCAUCCGCAUGCACCACUCCCUCGGCGACGGCGUCUCGCUGCUGUCGCUGCUCAUCGCGUGCACCCGCAGCGCCGCGGACCCGGCGCGGCUGCCGGAGCUGCCGCCCGCGCCGCGCCGCGCGAGCCCUGUCUACGCCCGGCAGCGCCCCCCGCUUUCCGCGGGCCUCGUGGCGUUCGCGCUGUGGCUGUGGUCCUACGUCUUGCUCGCGUGGCACACACUGGUGGACGUCGCGUGCUUCGUGGCCACGGCGUGGUUCCUGCGCGACCAGCGCACACCCUUCAUGGCCGCGUCCGAGGGCGUCGAGUUCCGCCGCAAGCGCUUCGUGCACCGCACGCUCAGCCUCGACGACGUCAAGUUCGUCAAGAAUGCCAUGAAGUGUACUGUCAACGAUGUCCUGAUUGGAGUGACUAACGCAGGGUUGUCGCGGUAUUAUUUUCGAAAAACCAGUGAUACCAACAACGAGAGGAAAAAAUCGCAGAAUAUUCGUGUCCGAUCAGCUCUCCUUGUUAACAUUAGGAGAACACCUGGUUUACAUGCAUUGGCGGAAAUGAUGGAUUCUAUCAAGAACAAUAGGGCAAAAUGGGGGAACCUGAUUGGUUACAUGAUACUGCCUUUCCACAUAGCCAUGCACGAUGAUCCUCUUGAAUACAUCCGCCAAGGGAAAAGGACAGCUCAAAGGAAGAAGGCUUCAUUAGAAGCGGUUUUCACGUACUGGAGUGGGAACCUAAUAGUCAAACUAUUUGGCAUGAAGGCUGCAGCAGCUCUCUGCUAUGGUAUGUUCACAAAUACGACCAUGUCAUUCUCAAGCAUGGUCGGACCUGCUGAGAAGGUGGAGUUCUACGGCCAUCCAAUCGUCUACAUCGCUCCCUCUGUCUACGGGCAUCCACAUGCUCUGACUAUACAUUACCAAAGCUAUACGAACUCCAUCAAGCUUGUCCUCGCAGUGGAUGAUGCUCAGUUUCCAGACUCUCAUCAGCUUUUGGACGACUUCGCCGAGUCCCUCAGGCUCAUCCGUCAGGCAGCUUCAACAAGAUGACAGACACAAAUAAGAGCAUUUUUUUCCGGUAGAAUGUAGACUGUUGGCGAGAACUCGCAUAGAAAUGCUGGACAAUAACUUAUCAGGAAAUUGAUGGCCAGGUUACCUGACUGGGGACUCCAUAAACUUUCAAGAAAUCAUUAGAGGCAAAUUGUAAAGUGUAAAGACUAGUAUGUAAUAUCAAGAAUUGCCAGUCUGACGGAUACGCAAAAUUCACUCAAAUGGGUUUCAUAAACUACACGCAGCUAAUAUUAUCAGGAAUAGAGCUCAUAGAGCCACAGUUACUAGUUGUAUACUUGCAUAUUUCACUACUGUUUAAGCAUAAACCAAAUAAAAUGAAUACAAUUCGUUAUUGAGCUUUC